AUGGCCACCUUCAAGGACUAUGGCAGACGCCUUGUUAUCAACAUUGUUGAUGAAAUGGCCUGCGAUGAACCUGAAAAUGUUGUAUACUCGGUUGCACUUUCGCACGAUAUUUCAAAGGGACUCCGAGACAUCAACGCUCGUGACUUUGCAAACGCAGUGAACAGGACUGCCUGGUGGCUCGAGUCUGAACUGGGGAAAGGCUCGCUAUUCCCAACAGUUGGGUACUUUGGGCCUCGUAACGAUUUUCGAUACAUAUUACUCAUUUUUGGUUGCAUCAAGGCGGGAUAUAAAGUACUUUUGCCGUCUCCGCGUAACAGUAUUGAGGCUACUGUGGCUGUUUUGAACGCGUCAAAAUGUGACAUAUGGGUGUCUCCAAAAGAGCAGCCUGAGAUGCUGCCCCAGCUCUUAUCCCACCGCUCAAUGAAGGUGAUCGAGAUUCCCGACACUGAUGAGCUCCUGAGCGUGGAACCGGUCCCAGAUCAUCCAUACAAUAAGACUUUCCAGGAGGCUGCUGACGAUCCAUUUUGCGUGUUGCAUACCUCCGGGUCGACCGGCCUUCCGAAGCCCAUCGUUUGGAAAAACUCCCUUCUCGGCACAUUGGAUGCCACACGCCUUUUGCCAAAGAGCGAUGGGCGCCCCCCUUGGACUGUCAUCUUCGAUGAAGGCGAUCGGUUCUACUCCGCAUUCCCCCUUUAUCAUGCCGCGGGGUUGAUCAUGAAUGUCUUGAUCAGGGCUUUUUAUCGUACAAGCAAUGUGAUUGGCCCCGUUGGUGUGCUCUCAACGGUCAACCUUGUUGAGUCCCUUAUCGAUCACACAAAUAUCAAAGUCUGGAGCAUCAUCCCUUCCAUCGUGGAUGAGAUUGGCGAGACACCUGGUAUCUCUGCCAAAUUCGCAAGCUCCAAAAUCAUAAUUGCAUCUGGCGGCCCAGUCACCUACGCCAGCGCCAACAAAGCGACCAAAGAUGUUAGAAUAUUCAACCUUACCGGUACUUCCGAAGGACUUUUCCAAGGAAGUCUGCUCGUGGAGCGGGAGGACUGGAUAUACUUUUCCUUCCACGCUUAUGCUGGAUUCGACUUCAGAAAGAUCGACGAGGGUGUCCAUGAGCACUGGGCGGUUCGUAACGAGGAACGCGUGGCCCUUCACCAGGGAAUUUUCCAUACAUUUCCCGAUACUAAGGAAUUAACUUUCAAGGAUCUAUAUGCACCACAUCCCACAAAGUCGGAUUUGUGGAUAUAUAGAGGGAGAACAGACGAUAUGCUUGUCUUGUCGAAUGGCGAGAAGGUUCGCCCCGUGGCUAUGGAAGCAAUCAUCAACAGCCAUCCAUUAGUCAGCGCUUGCCUCAUAGUUGGAACAGGCUAUACAAUGACCUCGCUUCUUGUUGAAUUGGCAGUUCCCGAGCCGUCGUCCACGGCAGAGCAUGAAGCAAUCCUAGAUAGUAUCAUGGAGAAAGUCCAUGCUGCAAACACUGUCGGGUCCAAGCAAGCACGCCUAUUUCGAGAGUACAUCUGGUUUACGAAGCCAGGCAAGCCGUUUGUCCGAACCGAUAAAAACACCGUUAAGCGCCGCGAUACGGUCUUGUCUUAUGAAAGAGAAAUUGAACAAUUCUACAAGAGCAUGGAAGAAGACGGCAACCUUGCUGCCGAAAUCGAGGUCACUUCCAUUGCCACUAUUUCUCAGAGUGUCCGUCAAAUUCUCCUAAGUGCCUUACCUGCAGCCAAGGAGAUAAGUCCAGAUGUCGAUCUUCUCACUGCCGGUGUCGAUUCCCUUGUGGCUUUUAGUAUCUCCAACUCCCUUCGCUCGGCGCUUGGGAAGCAUAAUGUCAGUGAAGAGACGAAACGAGCCGUCACCUCCAAAUUUGUGUAUACUCAUCCAAGCAUCAAUGCACUCACAAAAGCGCUAUACAAUCUGGCUCACAACAAACCAGGUGACAGUGUAGAGACAUCAGUUGAUUUACAAAGAAAGAGCAUGGCCAAAUUACGUGCUAAAUAUACUGCCGGCUUGGGGGAGGGCCACACGGUCAUUCUCACCGGGAGUACUGGGUCUCUAGGGUCUUACUUGCUUGAAUCUCUCUUGCAUCAACAUCAGAGAGUGAAAAAGAUUUAUUGUCUCAACCGAACAGAAGACGGCAACGCAAAACAGACCGCGGCCAGUGAAUCCCGAGGCCUGACCACAGAUUGGCCACCACAGAGAGUCGAGUUCAUGCAAGUCGAUAUGUCGAAACCAAACUUUGGGCUUGCAGAGGAAACUUACAACACUCUGCUUGAGCAGACAACGCACAUCAUCCACAACCAGUGGCCUGUGAAUUACAAUUGGGACAUCGCUUCCUUUGAACCCCAUAUCCGAGGAGUCCGACACCUGAUUGAUUUCUCGCUUAGCAGCAACCAUAAAGCAUCCUUGUUCUUCGUAUCGAGCAUUGCUACUGUCAGCCACUUAAGGUCGGAUGAUGCUAUUCCAGAGAAAUCAAAUCAUAUCCUAAGCACCAGGCUGGACGGUUACGGUUCUGCAAAGCACGUUUCCGAGCUCAUCCUCGAAGAUGCUGUGGCAUUAUCUGGCGUGAAUGCCUCCAUCUGUCGGGUGGGACAGAUUGCCGGACCUGUCUUACGCGGACCCGAGAAGGGCAUGUGGGGGAAGCAUGAAUGGGUGCCAACGAUGAUUGCGAGUUCCAAAUACCUCGGCGUCCUGCCCUCAACACUGGGAUCUCUGAGUAAGGUGGAUUGGAUCCCGGUGGACCUGCUUGCCGAUAUUCUCGUCCAACUGUCUGGUGCAACCUCAAAUAGUACACAUGGCUUUGUCGGUAUUGAUAGCGUUGGUGCGGCCAGUAAGAGCGCAACAAACACGUUUCCCGUGUACCAUGCUGUCAAUCCCAAUGCCGUCGAGUGGGCGAGCCUGGUCCCAAUUGUGGCAAAGCACCUAGGUCAAUCCGUCAAGAUUGUGUCAUGGGCUGAGUGGGUGGAUGCUUUACGAAAUUCCAGAAGCACCGCCACGGCAGUGCUGAGCUUGGCGCAGAACCCGGCGCUGAAAUUAUUUGAUUUCUUUGAUUCGCUCGCCAAGGCGGGUGAGAAGGGCGAGGAAUGGCCUGUUCUCGAAACAAAAGAGACAUUGAAGAGAAGUCCGAGACUUGCAGAGGUCAAACCAGUUUCCGAGGAAUGGAUGAAGUUGUGGUUGGAUCAGUGGAAGUUUUGA